AUUAGCAGCAGCAGCAGCAGCAGCUACUGAAUUGAAUAAAGCCGCUUCAAUUCCCUCCAUACAUAUACAUAUAUAUAUAUAUAUAAUAUAAUAUCAACAGCAACUGCAGUUUCCGGCGAUGACCUGCUCGUCGGCGGGGAAGGAGAAGGGGGAGAAGGUGCUGUUCGGGCGGUACGAGCUCCGGGGGGUGCUCGGCCGCGGGGCCACCGCCCGCGUGUACCUCGCGCGCGACCUCCGCUCCGGCGCGCUCGUCGCUGUCAAGUCGGUGACCGGGCUCCCGCUCGGAUCCCGCGCGGCGGUCGAGCGCGAGAUCUCGCUCAUGGCGCGCCUCCGCCACCCGCACGUGCUCCGCCUCCUCGGCGUCCUCGCCUCCCGCUCCGCCGUCCACCUCGUCCUCGAGCUGGCCCCGGGCGGCGACCUCCACUCCCUCCUCCUCCCCCCCUCCGGCGACGGCGACUCCGCCGCCCCCUGUCUCGGCCGCCCGCUCGGGGAGGGCGCGGCGCGGGGCUACUUCCGGCAGCUGAUCUCCGCCGUCGCCCACGCCCACUCCCGCGGCGUCUUCCACCGCGACCUCAAGCCCGAGAACCUCCUCCUCGACGCCCGCGGCCACCUCAAGGUCGCCGACUUCGGCCUCGGCCUCGGCCUCGGCGCCCGCCCCGGCGGCGGCGGCCACUCCAGCACCGACACCGUGUGCGGCACGCUCGCGUACACGGCCCCCGAGGUGCUCUCGAAGCGCGGGUACGACCCCGCCGGGGUCGACGUGUGGUCCUGCGGCGUCGUCCUCUUCGUGCUCACCGCGGGGUACCUCCCCUUCAACCACCCCAACCUCGCCGUCAUGUACCGCUCCAUGCGCCGCGGCGAGCACCGCUGCCCCGCGUGGACCUCGCCGGAGCUCCGCCGCCUCCUCGCCCGGAUCUUCGACCCCAACCCCGAGACGAGGAUCACCGUCCGGGGGAUCGCCGCCGACGCCUGGUUCCGGAAGGGCCUCGACGAGCGCGAAUGGACGGCGAUGAUGCGCUCCUCGCCGCCCGACCACCCCGCCAUCCUGCGGUGGAAGGAGGAGGAGGAGGACGAGGAGGAAGCGGGAGAGGAGGAGGAGGAGGAGGAGCGGGGGUGCGCGCUCAACGCGUUCCACAUUAUAUCCUUCUCCUCCGGGUGCGACCUCUCCGGCCUCUUCGAACCCGAGCCGGCAGACCGGGAGCGGUUCGUCUCGGCCGAGCCGGCAGAGUCGCUGCUGAACCGGGUCGAGGAGGUGGCGCAGGAAGAGGGGCUGGGGAUGAGGAGGAAGGGGAAAGAGGGGGGGCUCAGCGGGGUCUUGCUCGAAGGGCAAAAUGGUAAUUUCGUAGCGGCGGUGCAGGUUCACCGGAUAGCCGCGGGGUUGUCGGUGGUGGAGGUGGAGAAGGGCGGCGGGGCACCGGAGAGAAGGCUUUGGAGGGAGCGGCUUGGACCGGCUCUAAAGAAAAACCGGGAGGCGAACCGAACGUAAUUACCGAUCAAAUUCGAAUAUGUGAAGAGCACACAGUGUGACGCUUCAAUAGUCCCACAUCAUCGGAUAAAUAAAAAAUUAUAAAAUAUAAAGACCAAAGACACUAAUACUAAUAGCUCAGCUCAAGUAUUUUGAGCUAACGGCUUAGAUCUUAAUGAGUUAUAUAUUAGUGUCAUUGGUCUAGAUCAUUAGUAGAUUGUCUGUCUCAUGUAGUCUAGCGAAAAUAGAUAUUAGUAUAUUAGUGUAUUCUUUGCAUUCUUUUGUCGGUCGAUGUAAGUAUAUAGAGGAUAAAUUACAGUAUUCAUGCACGAGUGAACUUUCAGUGUAAAUUUCAUUUUACUCCUAAAAUUUUGAAGUUGGA